UCCACUCGCUCGCUGUUUACAGCUUACGACGCUACCGUGAGGCCCCCCUAAAAUCCCGACGCCAUGAGCCUCUCCUCCUCUAUACGCCUCGAUUCCUCCUCUUCCUCCCCCUUCCUCUCCCAAGGCCCUAAGAGGUGCCCCCAUGGCGCCCGCGAGGGGGCUCCGAGGUUCCUCCUCGCAUGGCCGAGGCCGGGUGGCGUCGGCUUCGCUAAGGAUCCGCGGCGGCCCCUCGUUGCGGCGGCGGCGGCGGCGGAGGUGGCGCGCGGCGGCGACGUCCACGACCGCGUGGGGUCGCUGAGCCAGGUCGCCGCCGUGCUCGGCUCCCAGUGGGGGGACGAAGGGAAGGGGAAGCUCGUCGAUAUCCUCGCCGAGCGCUUCGACAUCGUCGCUCGGUGCCAGGGGGGAGCAAAUGCUGGGCAUACCAUUUAUAAUUCUGAGGGCAAAAAGUUUGCUCUUCAUCUGGUUCCAUCAGGCAUCCUCAAUGAGGAAACACUUUGUGUAAUUGGCAAUGGAGCUGUUGUUCACCUUCCUGGACUCUUUGAUGAGAUCGAUGGUCUGGAAUCCAACGGUGUCUCGUGCAAGGGAAGAUUGUUGGUAUCAGAUCGUGCUCAUUUGUUAUUCGAUGUCCAUCAAGCUGUGGAUGGACUGAGAGAAUCUGAACUUGCAAACUCCCUUAUUGGCACAACCAAGAGAGGAAUUGGCCCUUGCUAUUCAAGCAAGGUUAUUCGAAAUGGGCUGAGAGUUUGCGAUUUAAGGCACAUGGAUACUUUUGGUGAGAAGCUCGAUAUUCUAUUAAGAGAUGCGGCUUCAAGAUUUCAGGGAUUCGAAUAUAGUGCUAAAAUGCUCAAAGAGGAAAUUGAAAGAUAUGAGAAAUUUGCAGAGAGACUUGAACCUUUCAUUGCUGAUACUGUUCAUGUCAUCCAUGAAUCAAUCGCACAAAAGAGGAAGAUAUUAGUCGAAGGUGGUCAAGCUACAAUGUUGGAUAUUGAUUUUGGAACUUACCCAUUUGUGACUUCCUCAAAUCCUUCUGCUGGUGGAAUAUGCAUUGGGCUUGGGAUAGCCCCAAGAUUGUUGGGUGACCUUAUUGGAGUGGUAAAAGCUUACACAACUCGCGUUGGUUCUGGUCCUUUCCCAACUGAAAUCUUGGGUAAAGGUGGGGACCUCCUUAGGACAGCUGGAAUGGAAUUCGGAACUACCACUGGUCGUCCUAGGCGCUGUGGGUGGCUUGAUAUAGUUGCACUCAAAUAUUGUUGCCAGAUCAAUGGCUUUUCGUCUUUGAAUCUAACCAAGCUCGAUGUCCUGUCCGGACUUCCAGAACUCAAGCUGGGUGUUUCCUACAGCCUUGAUGGUGGUAAAAAAGUUGAAUCUUUUCCUGCAGAUCUUCAUGUUCUGAAUGAAAUACAGGUCAACUAUGAGGUGUUGCCUGGGUGGGAAAGCGACAUUUCGUCCAUACGGAACUACGACGACCUUCCUGAAGCUGCUCGCCAUUAUGUUGAGAGGAUAGAAGAGCUCGUCGGUGUUCCAAUUCAUUACAUUGGCGUCGGACCCGGUCGCGAUGCUCUCAUAUUUAAAUAACGAUGAGGAGCUUUUGUAGUUCCCAACUUAUAGUUUUGAUUAAUAACAAGCGAUUUGAUAUAUCUGAAGUGUAACAGUUUUAAGUUUUACUUGUAUCAUCUCUGAUUUGCCUAUUGUCUACAACAACUGCGUGGUGAUUGGAGAUGUCAAUUAUAAAACAAGAUUUUGGUGCUUAUUUCUGCACUUCAGAUCUUUCGCCA